AUGCCUCUCCAUCCUUCAGCCCAAAAUGGGGCAGAUGAGAAAGGAAUCGAGCCCUUGAGGUCUGAGAAGACCGUAGAAAGAUCUGAAACGAUUCAAAUCAAUGCGUCUCGGUUUCCCGCACGGAGACCACUUCCCACCGCAGCAACUUCGCUACCCGUUGGGGCUUUCUCGACGACCUUGACAACACUUUCGCUUAGCUUGAUGGAAUGGCGGGGAGUCACUACUACCAAUGUCUACAUCGCCAAUUACUUCUUCCUCGCCGCGUUUGGGCUCCUGAUCUCGGCUCAAUGGGAGCUUACUGCUGGAAAUGGCUUCGGCUACAGCAUGUUCAGCGCGUUCGGACUAUUCUAUGCGGGCUACGGAGCCAUCUUGACUCCCUCAUUUGGGGUGGCUGCUGCAUACGGCGAUGACAUUCAGCAGCUCAACAAUGCAUUGGGCCUUUUCAUGACUAUCUGGUGUGUUUUCAUUCUCGCAUAUUUGGUCGCAUCUCUCCCGACGAACAUUGUCUAUAUAUUGGUAUUCGUCUUGGCAGAAAUCGCCUUUGUUGCUGUUGCUGCGAGUUACUUUGCUGCAGCAGAUGGGAACCAUACUGCCUCUGUCAGAUUAAAGAAGACUGGCGGCAUUUUUGCCUUUCUUGCGGGGCUUGUUGGAUGGUGA